CCCCUUCCCUUCCAUCCCUCCCUCCCGCCGGAGCGCCCGCGGCCCCCGCUCCUCGGCCUCCCCCGCGGCCGCAGGGACGAGGAUGGCGGAGAGCGAGGCCGAGACCCCCAGCACGCCCUGCGAGUUCGAGAGCAAGUACUUCGAGUACAAUGGGGUGCGGCUGCCGCCCUUCUGCCGCGGGAAGAUGGAGGAGAUCGCCAAUUUCCCGGUGAGGGACAGCGACGUCUGGAUUGUCACCUACCCCAAAUCAGGCACAGGGUUGCUGCAGGAAGUGGUUUAUCUGGUGAGUCAGGGAGCUGAUCCCGAUGAGAUUGGACUAAUGAAUAUAGAUGAACAGCUUCCAGUCCUAGAGUACCCUCAGCCUGGUCUGGACAUCAUCAAGGAACUGACAUCUCCUCGCCUCAUAAAAAGCCACCUGCCAUACCGGUUCUUGCCUUCAGACCUCCACAAUGGCAACUCAAAGGUCAUAUACAUGGCUCGCAACCCCAAAGACCUGGUGGUGUCUUAUUACCAGUUCCACCGCUCCCUAAGGACCAUGAGCUACAGAGGAACCUUUCAGGAGUUCUGCAGAAGGUUUAUGAAUGACAAGUUAGGAUAUGGCUCGUGGUUUGAACAUGUGCAAGAGUUUUGGGAACAUCACAUGGAUGCCAAUGUACUUUUUCUCAAGUAUGAAGAUAUGCACAAGGACCUUGCAACAAUGGUUGAGCAGCUGGUGAGGUUCUUAGGAGUUUCCUAUGACAAAGCACAGCUGGAAUCCAUGGUGGAACACUGCCAUCAGCUCAUUGACCAGUGCUGUAACGCAGAAGCUCUUCCUGUUGGCAGGGCACAUUGAUCUUUACUCUGAAGAUAACCCUGAACUGCUGUGAAAGCAGAGCAGUGAUUAGAUAUGUUACUUGUAUUUGACCCUUAUCACAUCCUAAUUUACGCAGUUGCAUGAUUCAAAUCAGAAACCAGGUGGGUGACUUUUUGACAAGCUAUCGAUUCACGUGGUAAAAAAACAAACAAAAAAUAAGAUGUUGCAAAUAAUCCAUUGCGUGUGUCCUUUGUAAAAUUUGUCAUUUGUCCCUACGUGUUGUUAGGGAGAUUCAGAAAUAAAAGGUAUUUCUUUACCCAGCAGAGGAAGAAAAUACUAUUAUUAUUGAUGAAAGUUUCGUGUUUUGUGCUGUGCUUUAUGCAGUUAUAAUUGCCAGAGCAAAAUUUAAGUCAGUAUCAGAUGUUUAUGCUUGCAAGCAUUUUCUUAAUAUUUUUCUUUUUCUUUAAAUACAGGAGAAAUUUGAUGAAAACAGUAAAUGGCAUUUUCAGUUUCAGGUUAUUGUGAUCUUUGGAUCCAGAAACAAAACCAGGAUAUUAUCAUAUCCACAGGUGUUUUAGAAAAGUCCUGAUUUCAUAAAACAGCCCUUUGCACAUGUCAUGUUAACAUGUGAUAUGUAGAUGUUUCAGACAGUUUUGUCUCUGGACUCAAUUAUAAAGUUGCUGCAUAAAAGCAAUGGUAAUUAAAUUAAAUGGGUAUUCUUCUUAUGCAUCAAAUGCAUAAUUAAGCUCCCUGCGUGUAGCUUUGUUCUUGCUGUUAUGAUUAAACUCUCUGGUAGCACAGUCCCAAUUCUCCUUUCAUUUAUUCCAGUUGAACAAGCCUGGAUUUUUGUCUUUAUAUCCACAAUAAAUGAGACAAGAAUUGGGCCUCUCAGUCUGCUUAUUCCAUGGGGCUUACUCAGCCACAAGUAACCCUGGCUGACUUUGAGUUAAAUAAAUUUUGGACUGCACUGGAACAGUUGUUGAGGGGUGAGCAGUGUCACCAGGUUAUGUCACUUUCUGGGUCCAGCAGAGUGGAUAAAUACUUCACACAAGGAAGGAGUUCAGUGUCCAGGUUGCAUCCACCCAAAGCUUCCUAUUGCUCAAAAAUUAAAAUUUAGGUGGUCCAGACUUGGUGUGGGGCACUUGUUGUCUUUCAUAGAUAGAAACUGGGCACUCACUUUUAACAAAUGAACCUCUCCAUAUGGAGGAGCGUAAAUUCAUCUGUUGAACUUAUCUCUAGACACAAAAUAAUAGAAAUUAGUAAUGAAAAUACCACACUUUAGUAAUCAGUUUAAUACUCCAGAUUCCGUGUACCUUUUGGAUACUUCCCUAACUCCCUAACUGUGCUGGAGGCACAGUGAUUUGGAAAUUUAUAAUUGGCUGUUGGAAUUAUUCAACAGCCCUAGUUUGCACUGAAACCAGAAAUCUACCUUUAAAUGAAUACCCAGCCCCAAAUCUGUACUCAUUUCUGAUUAAGGCUAAAGUCUCACACAGAAGUGAAUUAUUCCUCUAUAAUGCUGGGCUGGUGCAGAUGAUGAGGUGUAUGGUAUUUAUUUGGAGCCCCUGGUGGUCUAGGGGGUAAAGGCGCCGCGCUAUCACCGCGGAGACCCGGGUUCGAUUCCCGGUCAGGGCCACUCCCGGGCAGGUGGGGCUCGUUAGCCCUUAAAGGCAACCCACCUACGUCCUAAGGACCUCGCUGCCACCGUCCAAGCUCGCUUGGCCCCGGCAGAUGAACCUUAGGAUUAAAGGGUGGGCUCAGUUCCGCGCACACUGUGUCUCACCUAAAAAAUCCAAUGCGCAGGCUGGAAGGUGGAAAGACCUUCCCCGGAUCUUCGCUCGCGAAGACUGGCCAUUAUUAUUAUUAUUAUUAUUAUUAUGGUAUUUAUUUAAAGGGUUGUAGCAGGAUAAUUGGGUAAGACAAUGAACAGCCUUAGGUCUCAUUAAGCUUUCAAUGAAAGCCAAGGCCAAGAGUGAUUAAAAUCUCCCAGAUGAUACUCAGUGCACAAUUAAACUGUAGAUAUUCAAGGGCCUGUUACAUCCACUCUCUGACUUGUG